AUGUCCUCCAAAAACCCAACCGAAAAUGCUUCAGAACAUGAGCGAGAAUCCAAUUCCAGGUAUCGUGAGGCAAACGUGAUUCGAAAGGAAUUUGAUUCUCAUCGCGACUCUGAAUUUUUGAAUGAAAGUUCAAAUUAUAACGAUGAGCUGUACAGACAAGUUUCGGCGAAAGGAGUUGAUCAACUAAGUUGCGAAAAAGAAUCGUCUUACCAAAAGGAAAUGCCUGAUAUGUUUGAACCACCGUACAACACAGUGUUUGAGGAAAUGACGAAUAUUUUGGAAGAGGAAAGAAAGCUGAAAAAUGGCGGAAGCACAUCAGAAAGCAUCGAAACGGUUGGCAAUGAAAUUGAACGUCUUGUAGAAGUGUGGGCCCAAAUUGUGAUGAAUGAUCCAAAUGUCGAAAGAAAACUCCAACAUGAAGCUAUAAUUGAUAUAUACAGACAGAGAAUUCAGGACCCACUAUUUUAUAACAAAAAUGUACACAAAUCUACAAGCGCUCAAUCGGUUGUCAUGGAUGGACUCAUUGCAGCAAUUAAAAAACAACGGAAGAGAAAACUGGCCGGACUCGGUGAAAACGACGACUCAAUGGACGACAUUGCCAUGCAGCAGAGAAGGAUAAAACCAGAUAUUGAGUUGCAAAGCAAAGUCAACCAAAUGUUGGCAGUUAUUUUGGAAUACACCGAUGAGGACGGGGAAGUUAUCGCGGAACCUUUCCAAACUCUCCCAACUAAAAGGGAGCUUCCUGAGUACUAUAAGGAAAUUUCACAGCCAAUGGAUUUUGAUCGCAUCAAUAGAAAACUUCAAACUGGACGAUACGCAACAAUAGACGAAGUAAAUGACGAUAUGAUGUUGCUAGUUAACAAUGCACAAACGUUCAAUGAAGAGGACAGUGAAAUUUAUGAUAACUCCAAAAUUAUAGCAAGGAUGUGGAAGGAACAGUAUGAUAAAGUCAAAAGUGCAUCGAAGCCGGCAGUGGUUAUCAAACAAGAACCGCAAAGUUCGCACACUGUUCCUUCGCAAAAAACUAAUUUAGGAUCUCCCAGUGAAGCUCCACCACUUAAAAGAAUCAAGCGGGAAGUACAUGAUGAGUUCAUGGACGAAGAACAGCCUUCAACGUCGGAGUACCGUGCAGCUAAUCGAAAUCCGGAUGAACGCGGUGAUUAUGACUACGAGUGA